AAUCGCAUGCGGAAGACAUUGGGCCAAGGACUCUCAUUCUCAAGGUCGUCCUCUCAAGCUCAUCACACUCGGCCAUGGCCACUAAGGAAGGUAGCACGAAACCUGUCAAAUAUACCCUGGUGCUUGUCCGCCACGGCGAGAGCGAAUGGAAUCAACUCAACAAAUUUUGCGGAUGGCACGAUGCAGAUUUAUCUGAAACCGGCAUUGCAGAGGCGAAAAGCGCAGGAGAGAUUCUGAAAGAGAAGGGUUUUGAGUUUGAUGUGGCCUACACCAGUGUGUUGAAGAGAGCCAUCAAGACACUGUACUACAUUCAAGAUGCAACCGAUCACCACUGGAUCCCAGUUAAACGUUGCUGGCGUCUCAACGAACGUCAUUACGGAGGACUCCAGGGGCUGAACAAAUCUGAGACAGCAGAGAAACAUGGCGAAGAUCAAGUGAAGAUCUGGAGGCGUUCCUACGACGUUCCUCCCCCUGCACUGGAGGAGAGUGAUGAGAGAUGGUCAGGAAAAGAGAGGAAAUACGAUGAUCUGCCAAAGUCUGACAUCCCUGCCUGUGAGUGUCUGAAGGAUACAGUAGCCAGGGUGAUGCCCUACUGGGAGAGUGACAUCGUCCCAGCCAUCAAGAGUGGCCAAAGAAUUAUAAUCUCAGCUCACGGCAACAGUCUGCGUGGCCUCGUGAAAUACCUUGACAAUGUUUCGGAUUCAGACAUAGUGGGUCUGAACAUUCCAACAGGUAUCCCGUUAGUGUAUCGACUGGAUGAAGAUCUCAAACCAGUGAGCAGCCAAUAUCUUGCUGAUGAAGCGAAGGUGCAAGCUGCUAUGCAGAAAGUUGCCAAUCAAGGAAAGAAGCAGUAGAGGGAGACAUGACCUUUGCAUGAUGUCACAUCCUUACUAACAACACAAUACCCUUGUAAGGACACGUUUCAGUUGGUGUAACUUAAGGACCUUGUGUGAAGAGAAAAUGCUCAUUGUAACAGUGAAGUUUCUCACUUUCAUUUGUUCUCGAAAACAAUUUGUUGGCAUUAACUUUGUUUUCUUUAACGUGUUUUCCUGGUAUCUUGCUGAUGGUUAUUAAACCUGUUUAUUUAUAUCUGGCCGAACCUGUCCACAUGUAUAUGUGAUCUUU